AUGGCCCCCUUAGAGGCUGGGGGGGGGGCCCCCUUGCCUAUACCUGUGGUGCUGCUGAUGGGGCCCCCCUGCAGCGGCAAAGGAACCGUAGCUCAAGAGCUGCAGCAGCUGCUGCCAGUAGCACAUCUCAGCUCAGGCGAUGAGCUGAGGCGCCUUAUCCAAGCAGCAGAAGCAGAGGAUUCUGCUGCUGAUGCUGCUGCUGCUGUGCCCUUCCCAGCGGAAGUGCUUAGUGCGGUGAGGCAGCAAAUGAAGCAGGGGCUUCUCAUUGGCGACGAUCUGGUGGCUUCCGUGCUGCAGCACCGGCUUGCUGCUGUUGCAGCAAAGCCCCUGCAGCAGCAGCAGCAACAACAGCAGCAGCAGCAGCAGCAGCAGGUGCUGCCGAAGCUGCUGCUGCUGGAUGGGUUCCCUCGCACAGAAGCCCAAGUGGCGCUGCUGCACGAGAUGGGGGCCUGGCCAGGUGUGCAGUUUGCUUCUCUUUCCCUCUGUCUCCUUGUUGCAGUUUUAUUUUAG